GACUCUCUAGGACUCUCUAGACUCUUUAGACUCUCUGCUUUAUCAUCCGCCUGCCGCGAAGCCACUUCUGCUCCAUUCAUCCCAUCAUGAUCGAGAAGCAUCAUCAUCAUACAUCAUACAUCGCAACCCCCUCAAUAGCUCUGGAUUGACAAGUCAUCAGUAUGUAACGCUCUCCGACAGCCUCAUCUAGGCUCCUCCUGCAGCAGCAAGGACAAGAUCUUUCCAACAUGAUAUUCCAUGAUGGUUAUCAGUCAUACCUAGGCAUUGGAUGCAUAGUGCGACCCUCAUCCGUGAAACAGAAGCCAUGUCUAUCAACAGUCAUAGCAAUGUCCAUGCGUCGAUUCAUCACAUGAACCACGAUCUCCGUCGCCCACAUCUUGGCGCGUUCAACUUAUAACAUCGUCGUGAUGUUGUUGAUGCAUCAGUCUCAACGCACGCACAUGCCGGCCGUCUUACCAGUCGCCUUCAUCUUCCCCACAUGCACCUGUCGAAGCCCUUGUCUACUGUCGUCCCCCGUUUUGUGCAAAUCCCACGAUGCAGCAUGCAAGCCUCAGUGAUAAGGAUGCGCUUCGUCCCACCAUCUUUCCAGGAAUCGGCCUCGAUUUAGCGGGUGUAAAGGUUGUUCAAGCACCACCGUCCUCGGGUUUGAACGACGCACUGGCCCUCUUACGCCAUAAGCCGGUCCCUGCAUCCUUUAUCUGCACUUCCUUUCACCUCCAAGGUCUCGAAAAAUUCAACCUCCAAGAAUUGUCUAUACGGUGCAUGGAUAUCCUACACGGUACUGUACGGCCCCGCGAACUAACCCCUCUCCCCACCGUGUCAAGUCACUGUAUAGGUAAUUCUCACAACCCUCACGCGAUCCACAAGACGACAAUCCCCUCCUGUUGCAUUCAUCAGCUCGCCAUUCCGCCGCCCGCCACGUCCUGCGUCUGUACGCAUCCGAAAUGUCCGCUCUCGCUCGUUCUGACACGCACGCAUUUCGUAUCCUCCUCCUCCUCCCUCCCACCGGCGAUGGUGUCCGUCUGACCACACGUUCGGCUAGAAAUGAGAACAAGGUCAGGAAAUGAGAGAACAAAGCAGAGCAAUCAGCAAAUAUUAGACAAUCGAGUAUUGAAACGCCGGUUUUCGUUGUCAGUUCAUGUGUUGUUUUGAGGCUAUGGGAAUAUACGCCCAACACCGGCAAAGGCAUUACUUGGGACACACCAAGCGCAUUUCCCUUAGUGCCAUAACGCCUUGUCAGCUUGCGAUGGUGCAAUCCUGGGGCCGUCAACCACUUUCCUAGCAAUUUAGCCAUCAUGGACCAUGCGCUUGCAACCUAUGAUCUUGUCAAAGUUAAUUGAUUGGAAUUGGGUAUCGAGUUGCCGAAUAUGGAGACAAUCACAUCUUUCCAACUCCCGAUGUCGACAUUGAAAAUAUCGGACCAUUUCCUGUUCUUGAAAUCCUUCAAUUGACACGCCGGGUCUCCCGGCUCGAUCUGUUUCAUCUUUUCUACCAAGUUCCGGCCUUGUUUGCAGCAAUCCUUUUGGUCCCAGCUAUUUCAAGCUAUCAGGGUCUGAAAUGAAGGAUUUGGCUGAAGUCGUUGUUCACUUCACGAGCCGCAAGUCGGCUGGACACAUCUUAUCAGCCCACCACGAAGAGCCGAGAAACGAAACGUUGUGUUGCACAGCACAAGAACAACUCAUUAACUGCCACGCGUGCGAACUGGGAAUUUUUGGUCACAUUUUGUCCAGAUGCAUUGAUGGUCGAGUCAUUGAAACAAACUGCCUGAGAAACUACCCCACGGUCGUAUCGAGCGAGUCCAUGUCACCUCCGUCUAGGACGGGAACCAGCAGGAUAUGCUUAUAAGCAGAUUCCAGCCCAGAGUCACCUCGUCUCCUUGAUUGCGCCUGGCUCUCAACUGCCAUCCGAAGAUGUUGGAAACAUGAAUGUUCGAUUGGCUCCUUGUGCCAAGGGAGGGAUGUUGACCAAAUACCAUGACUGGUAGUAAUGCACCGUAGCACUUGUCCCAUGUAUUCCCAAAAGCUUGACCGAAGCCAUGCUUAUCUUUCUGUCGUCUUGACUAACCGGCCGCCAACCAAGCAAGCCGUUCUUUACCGCUCACAGACAACCCUGGCUCGAGAUUACUUCUAGUUAGUUAACUUCUCGGCAAAGAACUAACCACCGAGCAAGCCUCACGCGACCAUUAUUUGCCAGCCAUCCUCAAAUUGAUGGCCUAUGCACAUUCCUUUCCCUUCUUGUGCUUAGCCUGCUGGCUACGCCUCUGGACCCUGAUACGAGCCGAAUCCUCGCCCUCGUUGAUCCAUUCAUCUAUCCCCUAGCAGGUUUAUCUGCUGCCUACAGUAGUUUCAGCAAGCCAAACUCCCGGAGACGUGCCUAUCAAGAUUGCCUCUCUUUCUCGUUGGGCUCGACUCAAGGAGAACCCUGUUAGCUUCCUCUGUUCUCCACCAAAAAGUUGUCCUGGCUGGCUCUGUCUCCUCCUGCGCAAGUUUCCGUUGAACUACUGUUAACUGGCCAAUCAUGGCUUAGCCUCUCCGACAGCCGAUGGCCGACAACCUCUUCCCUCGAGAAGACAACUCUCUUGAUGUGUGCUGACAACUCUAGGAUCACAAGGACAUGGAGCGAACAACGAUGCGUUGAAUAUACAGUUCGUUAUUUACUGUUUGCGGUUAUUACAAUACCUAGAAGAUAUAAAACAUGAACUUUAAUGACAUUUCAUGCAUUAUGCCAAUCAAACUGAUAUCCUAACAAUUCAACCCUUCCAUCACAUCGAGCUUCGCCUGCUUGCUGCUCGCUCAUCUCUGCUCAGUCAACCAUGAAGCAACAAUAAGACGAAUGAAUACAAAAAAGCAAUAUCCCCUUUCCGACUUCACUCCAAUGCCCUAAAAUCCGUCAUGAGUUGCCAUAUUUUACCGUCAUUGUAGUGAUGCACCCUGUGCGCUAACGCUCCUCCCAUACAAAUCAGCCUGAAAAACACCAGUACUUUGUCUGUCACACAAACACCAUUUCCCAUCACGCCAGUUGCAAUGCUCGUCCAGUCUUUUCCCCCUUCUUCCUUGAAACAUAGGUAUCGUCUGACAUAUAUCGCCUCCUAUAAAGUGGUUUCGGACCAUCCCUCCAGGGGCCAGCCGGUAGAAGUAUAGAUUACAGCCCUGCCUCUUACUGAGUUCUAUAGAACUUCUUGUAGAGGAGAUGCAGCAGCAGAUUAACGUUGAGUUUGAGACUGCCCUCGAACAGAGUCAUGAACUGAUGCGCCUCGAACUGAGCCUGCAAGAGGUCCUCAAUGGGCACCAGAGCACUGGCUCCGGGGAUCUGGAUGUGUCCUCGCGAACCCUCAAGGCUGAAGACACCUACUUCGUCACAUGAGAUAGUCAUGUUGAUCUUCUCAAAGUCGUUGAUGCCACUCCAUGACACCAAGACACCUUUCUCGGAGAGAGCACGCGCGCUGUACUUGUAACUGCCGAACUUGGGUACACGGCCGCUACGUUCCAGUUCACGCUGGUGGUUGUAUUGCUUGGUGAAGGGUAGCAGGAACUUCUUGCGGCUAUUGAAAUGUUAGUCAUUGUGUUACAGUAACGUUACUAAAGUCAUCGUAACUCUUGCGCUGCUGCUCGAGGUACUUGGCCUUCUCAUGCAAGUUGCUCAAUGUCAUGCGCACACCUUCCAACUCCCGCUGUCGCUGGACCCUUCUGCGGCUCUUUGUUCGAAUAUCGAGUGCAAUGGCGUUAAGGACAUCCUGGUAGUAGUUGUGCUUGGUGAUGCGUCCCAGCUUCUCAAGUCGCAUGAUGUUCUCUAGAGCUGUGCGCUUGAGCUCCUGGUAUGUCAUGCGUGUUACGUCGAUCAUGUUGGCAUCAGAGUAGGCUCCACGAGUGUUGCUGCCAACGGAGAACUCGUCGCGAAGGAGCAUGCGCCACUUGUGGUCAUCCUCUGGUGAAAUAGGCUUGACGAGAAUUUCCAGGAGAUUGGCACCAGUCUGCACACGAAUAAUAUACAGCACGCAUCGCUUGGUCUCCAUAAAGAGUGCCUUGACAUCAGCCUCAGGGUCGUCGACAUCGUGGAGCUUGGGUGUCAAGAACAUGUGGAUAUCUGAAGAGCCCGCAGCGUUCAUCUCGUUCUCGUUGUUCUUAGCACUGCCGAGAUCGUGCAUGAUUUCCCGCAGGACGUCGUCACGGUUGGGGCACAUUGUCUGAAGCUCAGCGGCCACCAGGUUGUGAAUGGAGAAGACGUCGGUCAUCUUGAUGUAUAAUGUUGGCUUGUUCUUGGCGUAAAGGUCGUUGAACUCAUCAAUGUCAAAUGUUCUCUCGGCAUCGGGCACUGCGAUCAGGUCGCUGGUGAUUUGGUGCAGGCGCUCAACAGACUCUGCAACAAAAGCGUUCAGGGGUUGUAGGUACACGUUCUCACCGCCGAAUGGUCGGCCAGAAGCGAUUUGGCUGAUGACCUUGGCGACCUCGCUGAGGUUUCGCUUUUGUAGAGGGCUCAGUGCCUUCUCAAUGACACCGACAUUCUCAGGAGCAACAACUGCUGGUUGCAAGUAGAAGCGCCAAAGCCAGCUAGAGACAACUUGCAGAAGGUUCUCUGGGGGUUCCCGCUUGAAUUGCUGUCGUAGAUUCUCGAAGAUCUGGUUGCAGACAAAUCGAAGACCAUAAGGCAUCUUGUGCAGGAAGUCCUCAAGGGCGAGGAAGAAUUGGUCGCAGAUCUCUCGAAGAUCACGCAAGUGGUCGAUGAAGAGGCGGCGAGUCUCGGGGUCGCGAAUAGCAACUUCUCGAGGAACAUCGAGUGGCCUUUGAUCAGGUCGACCGGUGGCCAACUCAGUAUUGUUGAUGGCCGAUCGGUAGAUUUGCAUGGGAUCACUCUCAAGAUCAAGAGCAGGAUCUUCCACGAUGUUGUCUCUGAUGAGAGGACCAAGAAGAUCUCGAAGGUACUUGCGAUCUCUUGGUGAGCGAGUGUAGUUGUUGAGAAGCUUAGACCAGAAGAAGUUGCCGCGGAUGAAGUCCUGAACAUCUCGCGCACUGACGAUCUCCUCGCGAAUUGAUCGAGCGAUCAACUUGAGCAGAUAGUACUCCUCUCGUCGCUUCUGGGCAUAACCGAAGAGGCUCAUCAUCAACAACUCAAUGCGCUUGCACUCCUUCUCAGCUGUUCCUUGCUCACGAAUGCGCUUGAACAGACGAGCGAGGUACUGUGGCUGUGUUUGCAAAUUGAAGAAGAGUUGCUGGUAGGAUUCGAGCUUCUUGCGCGAGCUCUUGUUGAGUGCUUUGAGAUCAAACUGGUUGGCAGAAGACAUGGAGCUGUUGGCGAUGAAGUGCAUUGAGUUGCCUCCAUAGUUGUGUUGAUGCCUCACGACUUCGUCGAGUGUAAUCUUGUUCUUGACCAGAAGGGCAAUCUUAAUAUCAAGUUGAUCGAUGUAGUUCUCCAGCAUCUCAUUCUGUCGGACUUGUUGAACGACUGUCUUGCGGAUACGUUCAAACUCGAUUUCUUCGUUGAAGUCAAAGUCGCUGUCGUUAAGAAGAUGGACAAAGUUCUUGACGGCGUUGACUGGAGGGUUCUUUCCAGUGGUCAAGCUCUUGUAAGCCUCGCCUUGAACCUUGGCACGGACAAAACUCUGGAUCUUGAUGACCUUUUGCAUGUUCUCGUUGUAGAAACGCUUCUUCUCCUCAAAUCGAGCCCUUACGAUGAAACCUCGGGCUGCGGUCUGGAAGGCAACGAUACAUUCCUCCUCUUGCUCCAAUUCAGCCAUAAUAUCCUCAACUCUAGCACGCUCCAUCAUGGCUCUUAGGAUGCUCUGGAGAUCAAUGAUCUUAGGGGUAUGAGAUUCAAGCUCGUCGAGGAACGCCUGGUGCUGCUGGCGGUACAGGAAUCCCCGAACGUUGCCCUGGAGGGCUGUGACCUGAGAUUCUUGCUCCUCGAGCUGUUCAAGGAUGGCUGCAACUCUUUGGCGCUCAAGCAUGGCCCUAAUAAGACCUUGAAGGCCAAUGAAUGCAGGUUCGUUCUCCUUAAGAGCAUCGAGAGUAUCGGCAACAUCUCUCCUCACAGCAGCGGCGCGAACAAAGGCUUGAAGUUGCUCAACACCAGUCGUGUGCUUUUUGAGCUCAGCUCUUAAUGUCUUGUCGUCUUUGCGAGCGCGGAGUCCACGGGCAAAAGCUUGAAGUCGUUCUACUGCUGGGGCGUGUUGGCCAAGUUCAGUUCGUAGUGCCUGAUCAUUCUGGCGAACACACAGUCCGCGAGCAAGAGCCUGGAGCUGCUCAAUCGCGGGGCUAUGCUUGUUGAGCUCAGAUCUUAGAGCCAUGUCGUCCUGGCGAGCGCGGAAUCCACGGGCAAAGGCCUGUAGCUUCUUCCAUUGGGGUCCAAAGGAGCGUAGAUGCUGCUGCUCGCGGUUGACCUGAGUUCUAGUCAGCAAAGCCCUGGCCGCUGCCUGCAGGUCAACAAUCGCUGGGGAUUCCGCCUCCAACUCUUCAAGAUCCUGGUCGACUUUGCCUCUUAGCAAAGCUCCACGGGCUGCUGCUUGCAGCUUCUCGACAAUACCGGAAGAUUUCUUAGUCUCUUGGUAUUGCGCAACAUGGUUCUUGCGGGCCAAAAAGCCCCUGGAGAUUGCUUGGAUCUCCCUGAUGGGCCCUCUACAUUUCGCAAGCUGAGCAGUCACAUUUCGUACCUGGUUUCGAGCCUUGUUGGCCCUGAUCAUGGUUUGCAACUCCAAAAUAUCGGGCUCGAGCGCUUCCAGGAUCUGGUCGCGUCGAUCCAACCUUCGUCGUGCCAGGAAUCCACGUGCUGAGCUCUGCAGUUGGAUAGCAAAGCGCUUCAUCUGCAGUCGAUAGUCCAUAAUUUGUCGUGUAAAGUCUCCUCGGAUGCGAGAUUGGAGGUCUAUUAACCACUCCUCCUCAUCCCAGAGGGUCUGCAUAGUCUCACCAAGCUUAACACGAAGAAGAGCACCUCGGAUUUGUGCUUGCAUAUCAACGAUGGACUCUUCGUUCUCCCUCAACUCCCUUUCGAUCCUUUCCUCCUCAGUCUCUUCUGGUUCAGGCUCGGGCUCAGGAACACCAAAGUCAGCACUCAUAUUUCCGAAACUAGGCAUUGUAACGCCGAGCUUAUCAAGACCCUUCUGCAUAGCUUCCAGUUCAUGAUGUUCGAAUUCAAGCUGACCGACGAGGUUGCCUAUCCUGAAGUCGACUAUACCCUUGCGGAAUAGAAGCCAACUCAGAGCGUGAAUACAGUAGAUGACCUUGGGAAUGUUCUUUUUCUCGUAUAGAUCAAUCAGCUCGAAACGGAACAAGUCGGGCAGCUCAACCUCGUCAAGGUAUCGGAAGAAUAUAGCAAUAUUGUCGGAGUGUCGAUAUUGGAGCCUGGGGUGUUGGAAGAUUCGGUAACGCCGAUCUGGGUUUAGAGCUUCGACCACUUCUGCAAGCGUGACACCGUCACGGAGCGCCUCCUCAAGCUCAACAAUGGGAGGUAUAGAUUUAUGGAUGACAUCCUCAAUCCAUUCCUUGGCUUCACCAAUAUGGCAAAGGUAUUCGUAGGCUUGAAGGAACUGGCGCUGUUUGUCCAUCCAGUUGCGCCCUUCCCAACUGUAGCCAGUGGACUUCUGGCUUUGGCCGCCAUUGCUCCUAUCAGCUCGUUGCAAUCUUCGUCGACCGCGCAAGCCAACAACUUCUUGCGCUGGUGAGGUAAUGGUAAAGUCUUCAGGUGAGUCAGACGAUACGAGACGCGAAAGUGUCCUUAAUUGACUCGUGGAAGACUUGCCCAGUCCUUCCAACUCAUCCCGAGCUAUGUGCGUGCUAUGCAAAUGAUGGGGUGAUGAAGGAGCUUGGGUGGCUUCUGGUGGCAGAAACGAGUCGGAUCGAGUGAGCAGCAUAGAAUUUGGUCGCAUCGGUAGCGGGCGAGAAGGCGAUGACGUUUUUACUGGCGACGUCUUGAUUGGUGAGGUUGAUGUUUUUGUUGGCGACGAGUGGCCAUCAAUGUGCGCCAUUGACAGUUUGCCAAUAUCGACGCUCUUACCGCGAUCAUGGCGAGGAACUGCAUGGGGAGGCGUUGAAGGAGGCGUGGAUGCUGGAGCCUGUGGGAGUGGACGAAGAGAAUGCCGAGCUGAGCUAUAGAUAUUUUCGGGGGCUUUCUUUGAGGUCAUAUUUUCCCCAGCUUCAAAAGUCUUUGCUCUUGCCCUGACAUCGCUCUGCGCUCGCUUGUGGCCAUGCACUGUAGUUCCGUAACCAGCUGAACUAGAGGCGGACGUAUAUUGACUAUUGAGGCUGUGGUCUGAGGCGUGGGAGUAGCCCGAUGAAGCGGAGGAUGACGUUGUCGAGGGGAAGCGGUUGAGGAUAGAGGGCGAGAUGUUGGAGUUGGAGGCGAAGUCGAUUGUAAGCGACUGGCGGAGAGGUCGCAGAUGCUGAUGAGAUUGUGGUUGCGAUUGCGAUUGCGAUUGGCUUGGAGAUUGGUGUUGAGUUUGAAAGUAAUGAGUACGGGACGACAUUGUUCAAGUCUUUUAAGAAGGGAGUCGCUGGCCAAGCCCGCAAACUCUUGUCUCGUCUUUUCUUGAUUUUGUCUUUGGAGUCUCUGCUCAGGAACGUAGUGAAUCGAUUUUCCGUCUGUGACGUUAACGCAUUGUCUCGAGCGUUGCUCGGCUUCGUCUCGUCAGAGGAAUGCUGUAUCAAGGCGUAGCGGCUUGGAAUCCUUCAAGAUCCAAGA